UGCAACGUUUAUCAAGCGUAUUCUCUUGUUACUGUGCGCCGCGUAUCUGAUGCACGCGGUCAUUGUUCACAUGUGCUAUUGUAUCGCUAGCCAAUCGCAUGCCUCGGCUGCACCCAUGCUCCCUUUAUAAGGCGAAGCCACUGAAUCGUUGUUCUCUGUUAUGUUCAUGUUGCUGUCCGAAUAAAUACUUGACUUCACGGCGUCUCUGGUCAACAUGGCGACGAAGAUGGGAUCGUUCGGGCAGAAGCAAUGACCAAGCCUGAGGAAACGGCAACGGCGCCACGGCAAGCGAGGACAUCAGUGAUGACCAACACCCUGGGAUCUUUGGCCGAGUUCUGCCCAGACUCUGGCAAUAUCGAAGUCUACCUGGAAAGGUUCGACCUGUAUGCAACCGCCAAUGGAAUAGACUCAAGUAAGAAGUUGCAAGUCUUCUUAACAAUCCUGGGUGAAAAGGCUUACGUGACUCUGCGUAGCCUGCUGCUGCCGAAGAAACCAACGGAAGUCAAGUACGAAGAAGCUACAGAAGCUCUCCGAAAGCACUAUGCUCCAAAACGGUCAGUGGUUACCGAACGGUAUCACUUCUACCAGCGAAAGCAAGAGCCGGACGAAAGCCUAAAACAGUUCAUCGUCGAGCUGAAAAGACUGGCUGCAACGUGCUCGUUUGGAAGCUUUUUGGAAGAAGCGCUCCGGGAUCGACUGAUUGCUGGACUCGGGACGGAUUCGAUUCGAUGCCGCCUUCUUGCCUUGUCAGACGACGAAGUCACCUGGGAGCGAGUAUGCAAGAUUGCCACCGCCUUGGAAACGGCCCAGAAAGACACCCGAGAAAUGCUACCGGAGGGGUCAACCGCCAGUCCUGCCGACGUUUACUGGCAUCGGGAGCCCACCACGCAAGGCAGGCGACAUGCGACGAAGACCGCUAGCAGCGAGCAGCGUGCCCCCCAAAACGGUCCAAGGAAGCAACGUGGGAAAGGCAUUGUUCGCGCCUGUCAUAGAUGCGGCGGACUGCACGCGCCAGUGAGUUGUCCUUUUCUCAAAAGUACCUGCUUCAAAUGCUCGAAGCCAGGGCAUGUAGCGAAAAUGUGCAAAACUAAGGUCGUGCACAAAGUUGAGGAGACCUUGCCGUCAACAGACUUGCUGACUGUUAGUACGACUAACCAAGUUCAUAGCUCUCCGCCUAUUGUGCUUAAAGUAAAAGUAAACGGCAAGGAGAUUCCGAUGGAACUAGACACGGGAGCAGCUGUGACCAUAAUGUCUGAAAGAGACUUUGAUGAAAAUUUUCCAAAUUACCCAUGUUCCAAAGACGACGUGCGUCUAGGCGUGUAUAAUGGCACUGCACUCAAAGUGAAAGGCGUAGCAAAGGUCAAUGUGUCUUAUCAGAACCGAAGCUACGAUCUGCCUCUGAUAGUCGCAAAGCAAGAAAAUGAAGCCCGCAUGCCGACGCUUUUAGGUCGAGAUUGGAUGACUACACUAAAAGUUGACCUGCAAAAUGCUGUUCAGCAGUUGCAACGUGACGUGGAUAACGUACAGGAGGGCAGGCAGAUGGUAGCAGCGGAAGCUGAAAAGAAGUUGAAACAGUUGUACGGUGAUGUGUUUGGGCCGGGCUAUGGUUCUAUCAAAGGAUUCACUGGUAGUAUACGAAUGAAAACCGAUGUGCAUCCAACUUUUUGUAAGGCGAGACCAGUACCAUAUGCCUUGCGCGAACAAGUGGAGAAUGAAUUGUGUGACCUUGAGAAAGCUGGUGUGGUGUACAGAGUCAGGCACAGUGAUUGGGCUACACCGCUAGUUAUCGUGCCAAAGAAAACAGGAAAAGAAAUUAGGAUAUGUGGCGAUUACAGAGUCACGGUCAAUCGGGAUACUGAACUUGACCACUAUCCACUGCCUCUGCCAGAAGACAUAUUCGCGUCACUGGUUGGAGGGACCGUGUUCACCUUACUAGAUUUGUCGAAGGCUUACCUACAGCUUGAGCUGGAUGAGCAGGCACAGCAACUGCUCACGGUGAAUACGCACAUGGGACUUUUCAGGUUCCGGCGAUUGCCGUACGGAGUGGCAAGCGCACCCGCACUGUUUCAGGCCGUGAUGGACCAGGUUUUACAAAACAUACCUGGGACAGCCUGUUACCUGGACGAUGUGUUAAUAGCAGGUAAAAACCUGACGGAGUGCUAUCACCGUUCCCAGAAAGCUGCAGCAGUCGUGCUGAAAUGUCUGCUGAAUGUGGCGGCUGUUGGAACUGCUUCCAUCUCCCAAGCCUAG